GAACUGCAAAGAGCUUCAGCUGCCGCCUUUGGACCCAGACCAGCGCAAGCAGGCCAAAAAGACUGCGGAGAAGUAUCCUGAGAUCAAGUGUGAAAGCUAUGGCUUUGGGGAGGAACGCAGGUUGCAUCUCUUCAAGACCUCCGCAAGCCCGAAAGCCCUGGCAAAGGAAGGUUCCGGAGCAGCGCAGCGGCCAGACUCUGCAUCUGACCAGUCAACAGCUGUCUCGGGGGCAACCUCGCCAGAAGCCACAGAGGAUGCGCCUGGCGGCACCUUUGAGGAUGUGGCGGCAUUGCCAUCGAAGCUAUACCAGGUGCGAAACACCUUCAUCCACAUCGAGGAGCAGAGCGUCGCAGACCAGCGCACCAUCCAGUCUAUGCCGCAUGGCAUGUUUAGGCAGCGCCUGCAAGAGGAAGCCAUGCAAGGCGCACAAGAUCGCGUUGCAGGACCAGCCACGCCUACCAAGUCAGCUGAGACAGCGACGCCUCCCAUCGCAGAGGUCCCAGAGACCAAGGAGUUCGCUCCGGGCACGGAGGUGGUCAUUGAAGGACUACAGAAAUUCCCCGCCUUCAACGGCCUCCGUGGGACCAUCCAGCUCCUCGACAAAGCGACUGGCCGUUACAACGUGCAGCUUGCCUCCUCAGAUGGACUGCUCGAGCAGAUUGCAAAGAUCAAAGGCGAGAACCUCCGAAUGUUGGUGCCGCCGCCUCCUCCUUUCGAGUCCAGCGUUUGCAGAGCUGAGACCCCGUCAACCAUGCACGCCAGGGCGCCGGACUUUGUGCCCAUGCAGCCCAUUGGGCUGACAAGCGUUCCGCCGGCGCCUCUUUGGCAGGAUCCCCACGUGGUACCUCCGCUCUACGAUCACUGCCAGUAUGAUCCUUAUGCUCAACGGUACCCUCCCGUUGCUCCUGUGAAGUACGCAGCCCGCUGA